AUGAACGUCCCGCCCACGAACAAUACUCCAGUCCUUGGCGAAUCGCUCGUGCGCAUGGGGUCUAUUCCACAUGGCACAACUAUCAAUGCUCAAUGCCUAGCGCCUACUUCGGUUUUCCCAGGUCCACCCGAGAUCCCACCGGCCAGCUUGGCGGUACAACCCGUAGGCGGUGGUGACGCAGUGCCGAUUGGUAGCCUAAAUGCUUCAGUCUUCACCGAUCUUCGACGCCCACAGGAUCUCUCGAAAUUCAUUGCUGCUGGCACCAUCACACAAGACAUGCUAGAUGACCCAAACACCGUUUUGCGCGACGCCAUCGAAGGACAGACUAUUCUCGAGAACACCGUUUUUACGGUGUCCACAAUGCCUCCGCCUCCGGUGUUCGGUGGAGGAACAGCGAACAUCGUAUUCUUAGAAGGAAACCCCGCCGCCACGACUCCAAAUGCUAAUGCAGUCCAAAUAAAUGCUACCUUCUGGAUUGAGAAGGUGCAAUAUGAGCUCAAAGUUCCAAUCUUCAAGCGUGGACAAGCCCCUAUGAAGAUUUCCCCGGCUUCACCAGCACACAAGCCCGCGCCGGUGUUCCUCGUCCGCCCACCGCAUGACAUCACUGCACCCAAGACGAUCAAUGUCACUUCGAUACAGAUUCAGUAUUCUGAAGUAGUAUUACUGGUAUUUGACCAGUUGAUCUGGCCGCAUAUAUCAGUAUCGACGCUGAUUCCAUCGGGGCCAGUAACAGUACCAGACUCAGUUUGGAAAUGA